CCGACCUCCGGCUCUGACAGGAACGUGGACAGACACACAGGCAAGUCAUGGCUUCCAUCGUUGCACCACUCCGACGGUCGUAUAGAUCCCUUCAAUGGCUUGCACAUGAGCGGCCUGUCAUCUUCUUUUCCCUUCUAAUCGGAAUCUCCGGUCCUGUUCUUGCCUUCACCGUGCCCCCGAUCAGGAGAAACUACUUUGGUUACGUUCCACCGGAAUCAAUCCCUACUACCUACCCUCUACCUCAACGACCACGGAGACCCGUAGAGGGAUAUGACGACGAGUAGGUUGCAGCCGGAUACCAGGUCGGAGUGUACCGACGCUGCUUUAGAGUUAGUCGAUGUAUAUACCACGUUUGAAUGUAAUCACUUGCAGAGUUUUUACUCGAGAUACAUAUGCUACUGGACUUGGCAAUACGACCCGAGCCUGCGUCGCGAUGUAUGUAUGUACAUAGUAGACUGCCCAAUUGGGAAGCCGAUCCUUCGC